UCUCUCCCUGGACUUUCCAGAGCCAGGCAGCCGCAGCAGCUGUUUGGAGCCCCAACUCGUCACCUCUGGAAAAGGCCUCAGCCAUGGAAGCUGGACAAGGGAAAGAUGGGGAGUCUGUCAAGGGUCCGAGGCCUGAGAGUCCUACCUCCCGACUACUUUCCCAUAACCUCCAGACCCAAACACUGGAGGCUCUUCUGUCUGCCAUCCCUCCCGACUCGCUGAGCUUCAUCACCUCACAGUGGGCCGCAAUCGAGUCCGGCUCCCCCAUGGCCCCCUGCGGCAAGGAGCUGGACAAGACCGUGACUGCCCUGAGGGAGAUGCUCCAGGCCAAGGCCCCACCCGCCCUCACCUCCACCUUGAGCUCCGUGGGUGGUCUGCUGGACCUUGUGCUGCAGGCAGAUGUGGUGCAGGUGGCAGGAGGUGAGGAGGAACUACAGGCCCUGGAGACCCUGAAGUCCAUGCUUCAGAAGGAGAAAGCCAUCCCCGCCACCUCCUCCCCAGCCCCAGCUGCCCUGCCGGCCACCGCCCCGCCGCCGGCCACCCCUCCUGCCCCAUUGAGCAAGCCCCUGGCGAAGAAGUUGUUGAAGCUGGUGUUGAAGGCAGGUCUGAUCCAAGUGGAAUCCCUAUCUGGACUGGAUCUGCUGCAGCUGGUGAUCUCUCUGGGACUGCUGGGCUAUUUGGGCAAGGUAUCUGGCCUGGCUGGGGACACCCUCAGGGGCCUGGUGAACCACACCAAGGGCUCGGUCCAAUCCGUGGCUAACUUGCCCAGGGCCAAGGUUGAAGGCUGGGCCAGCGAAGGGGAGAGAGCCGAGGCCUGGGUGACAAAUUUAGCCAGGGAGGGAGUCAGAGCGACCGUGGGGGCCAUCAGAGGAGCUGUCGUGGGAGCCCUGGGCACCGCCGUGGGAUCAGUCUUUGGGUGGCUUCCCGGUUUGGCUCCCUCUGAGUUGAGCCUGACGGGACAGCCGAUGGCAGAGGAGGAGGCCUGUUCCCCAAAUGAAUGCUGAAUGAAAAGAGAGAGCAGUUUUCUUAGGGGAAUUUUAAUAAAAAUCACAAAUCACCUCCCCCA